AUGUCAUUCUGCUUUUGCCUCGACUACAGCUGCAGGGGUUUGACUUCUACUGUUGUCGUUCGAAGAUUAUGGAGACAAGAAUGCCGGCUCGCUGUCUCUCCUCUCCCUUCCUCUCACGAUGCCAAGGAUCCAAGCGAAAUGCCUGCUUGCCCUGCCAUCAGCCCAUCCAUUGUUGCGAACCCUCAGCUGAUCCCAUGGCUUGCACCUCGUGAUGAUGAUGAUCCCUCCCCGGAUUGCCAGGCCUGUAGUAAGCCGCGGGCAUUUACACAUAUUGAGGAUGCAGAUCUGGGAAAGAAGCGCUGUACUCAAAUUGUUGGCAGGUCGUCAUUCCUGGUUGACAAGGGCAAUUUAGUCGACCGCGUAUGGUAUGACCCCCGGCCCGUGCGGAGGCAGGGAAAAUCCUCGUCAGGUUUGGUCACGAGUGUUUGGUUCGUUUGGUUCGUUUGGUUGCUCCAUGACAAGUGGCAUGUCGAAGGUCAGACAAGACAAUUGAGUUCUCAGAUCGAGCAACUCGCUUCUCAGUCAACCGAGGUACAGACCACAGUCACUGCAAAGCAUGCAAAGCAGGAGAGAGAUGUGAGGGGAGGAGGGUCGACGCAAGAGGACAAGAAUUCCGCCCCAACGGAACCCACGAAAAAUUCUGGCCGGACCACCAUCAUCCACUGGUUAUUGAAUGUGGUCGUUGUGCUAUUGUUGCCCGGCCGGAACAUCUCCGCGGGCUGUGGACCAGAGGGAAAAGAACUUCCCCCCUCUUCUCCUCCCCCCUCAUCCCAGUCAACAACCAUCAUGGUCUGUCAGAUGGCAGACGGCCUGUAG